GCUUGUUUAAAAACCAGCUGAUCGGCCGGCUGCACGCAACUUACCUUGUUACGUCGUUACUAAAAACAAAUUCGUUGUAUUCAAUUAAAAUGUUGCCUAUUGCUCGUGGAAUUUACUGCGGACUGGCCAAUCUAACUCGAAGUGGACGGGUAUCUAUUCACACCGCCAGUAUAUUCCGUUGCAAGGCGGAGGCUUCCGCCGAUGAAAAGGAUGGCGAAGCGACCGAAGGCGAUAGUUCGACUAGUUCCGGACCAGAUCCAAAGGAUCGCACCACGGUUAUCCCUGUGGAGACUUCAAUGCGGUACAUGAAAAGCUCCGCCUACAAGCAAACCUACGGCAAAGACCCAGUCUGGACGCAAUAUCGGCGCAACCACAAGGGCAUGUAUGCGCCACGUAAAACCCGCAAGAUGUGUAUCCGCCAGAAUCGGAUUUCCACCGGAAAUCCAUGUCCCAUUUGCCGGGAUGAGUACCUGGUUCUGGACUACCGCAACACUGAACUACUAGAGCAAUUCAUCUCACCACAUAGCGGAGAGGUCCUGAGCUACUCGAAAACUGGCCUGUGUCAAAAAAGCCAUUUACAACUGAGGGUAGCCGUGCAGCAGGCCCGUGAUUCUGGAUAUUUAACAUAUGAUGUUCCCUUCAGGGAGUACGAUUACAGCGAGUACUACGGCCAGGAGCAUAAACAGAAAGCUUAACUACUACUAAGGUGCAUAUGUAAAUGGUCUAUUUUGUUAUUAAAGAAAAUUAUUCUAAUCGAA